CGUGUGUGAGUGUGCCACCGUCGUUCUCCCUGCUCCUCUCCGCGAAUUCUUUUCGGAUAUCUCCCGCUCUCUUGGCGGUUCAUUUUUUUGGACGAUAUUACUCGUCUGAUGGUGUGCACCGAUGCCGAGAGAUGGGGAAACUACACUCGAAACAUGCCGCAAUUUGUAAAGCGAGGGAGAGCCCGGAAGGCGACAGCUUUGUAGUCAAUGCCUGUUUGGCUCGGAAAGGACUGGACGACUGGCUGGUGAAGAGGCAGGACUGUCAUCUAAAGACCAAGUGCGCAUUGACCACCCGGGACUCAAUAAAUGAAGCUGAACGGAUAGGUGAUGAGCACUACCGCUUAGAAGUGGCUCUGCCCCCGGAGAAGACAGACAGCUGCUGCUUGGAGGACAAGAUGAUGCAGGAACGGGACGGCCAAUCCCCCGUGAGGACGCACAAGCAGCUCCAAUUUGAAGAGCUGGAGUGCGCUGUGUCCAUGGAGGAGGAUAACCGACAGGAGUGGACGUUCACCCUCUACGACUUUGACAACAACGGGAAAGUCACCAGAGAGGACAUUACCAGCCUCCUCCACACCAUCUACGAGGUAGUGGAUGCCUCUGUCAAUCAUUCGCCCAGUAACAGUAAGACCUUGCGGGUUAAACUGUCGGUGGCUCCAGACUCCAGCCAGCGGUGGAGGAGUUGCACGCAGGGCACAGAUGCGUCCCACCCCAGGGAGAGAAAUGACAAGUGCACCGAUGACCCCAAGAGUACUGACAAGAAAGGUCGAGCACUCAUAAGGCGCCACCACAGCGACCAGCACAGCCAUGCCCAGCCGGGCUGCCAGCGCCACUGCGUGGACGAGAACCUGGAGCGACGGAACCACUACUUGGACUUGGCCGGUAUAGAGAAUUACACAUCCCGCUUUGGAGCCGCAACUACAGAGCAGAUCAAGGCAGAACCCCAGACCCGGUCUUCCAACCAGACCCGCUCUCGAUCCCACGAGCCAGAAAACAGCCACUCCCAUCAUCCCCCGCCCCACCACCACCGCCGCUUGCAGGCCGUCACAGACGCCAGCCCUCCCGAGGGCCACCACCCUGGCCGGACGCGAGGCCAAGACUCCGGGAAGGCCGCCGUCCGCUCCCCCAAGACCCACAGCCGCACUCCCCCCACUCAGCUCAGCGGUCGGGUGAUGCGGAGCAGGGGUUUCCCUACUCCCCCGGUGCUCCCCAGCCAGACGCCCCCUCACCAGUCGGCCGCCCCUUACCGCAAGCACAAGCAGCGCUCCAAGGACCACCAGGGAUUUCGGGCACUCGGCACCCUGGUGGCUCCCAGGGUGGAGAAGGAGCAGGUGAAGGAGCUGCCCGGGGUUCUGCUCUACGAGGGCCGGCUGGCGCAGGUCGUCCAGCGGCACGAGCAUCACCACCACCAUGAACACCACCACCACUACCACCACUUCUACCAGUCCUGAAUGCCCGACCCGCUUUGGGUUCCUCGACACGGGUACUGUGUGUGGCCAGCACCACUAGCAACACUUCGGGACUGUUGUAAAACUAUCUUGAAAUAGGAAGUGGGGCUGGACCCAUGUAGUUAGGUUGGGCUUAGAGUAACAACACCACCACCUCCACAAACAACACCAUCACUUCUUACAGUCCUGAUCUCCCAUCCUACUUUGGGACCCUCUGGGAGCUUCCUCGACACAGUUAGUGGCGGUGGGCCCAGGUAGUGGGGUAUCACUAGCGGACCACUACAAACACCACCACCUGUACUUUUAAUUGUACCAGUCUCACUCUCUCAUCCUGUCUUACGACCCUUCGGGUAGUCACCACCAUUUCUACCAGUCCUGAAUGCCCGCCCACUUGGGACCCUUUGAGGUCUUCCUUGACACAGGAAGUGGGGGCGGCCAUCACCGCUUGGGAGACUUCUAACAGCGCAGAAUAGCAGCCCCACUUUGAGACCCCUUUGGGAGCUGCUUCUACAUAGGAAGUGGGGUGUGGACCAAAUUUGCGGGGGUGGCACGAGAACACCACCGCAAACACCACUAACACUUCUAUCUCUUCUAGCAGCCUUGAACAGGUGCAUCACUUUGGGAGCCAUCUGGUGCUUCCAGAAGACAGGAAGUGGAGGGGACCCACUGGAGUUCUACCACCACAGCCCCUUCCGCCAUUUCUACUAGUCCUGAACGACAACCCCUCUUGGGGACCUUUUGGGAGCUUCUAAAAAACAGGAAGAGCGAGUGGACCCACUAAAGGACCACUGCCAGUAGUUCUACGAGUCCUGAAUGGCCACCCUGCUCUGGGACCCUUUGGGGAGCAGCUUCAAAACAGGAAGUGGGGACCCAAGUCAUGGGGGAGACACAGGAAGUUAGGGGGGGAUCAGAAGACAUGUAAUAGAAAAUAAAUGACUGUUAUGACCAGAUUACAGUAUUUAGGACCACAGUACUGAGAAUGAUCAUGGCUGGGACCACAGAAAUCCCCACAUCGAGCAAUCCAGUACCCUUUUUACAUGACUGCGGCACCAAUGCUGGUUCAGUAAUGGGGCCAACCCUGAAGAGCCUUUCCAGACCACUAAGCCAAAAGCAGGACUGUGAUGUAAAAAUGAACAUAUAUGAAGGAAGCAGUGUGCACAAGUUGCAACACUGGUGUCUGUUGAAAACCCUUCUGUGGCCGCGCAAGUAUUUAAACUGGAAAAUGAAGAAUCCGAUUUGAGUAUCCCUUAAUGUUGGAAGGAAAAUGUUGAAAAAAAAAUCCCAAAUCUGCUGCUACCUCUAAUUUAAUCCCAAUCUUCACUUUUUUUCAUUUAUUUUUUUCAAUCUGCAGUAGCGCUCCUUAUGACUAACUUUGACUGUAUAUAAGGUAGGUGUGUGUGUGUGAUAUGUAUAUAUAAUAUGUGUAUAUAUAUAUAUAUUAUAUAUAUAUAUAUAUAUAUAUAUAUAUAUAUGUGUGUGUGAGUGUGUGUGAGUGUGUAUAUUAUAUGUAUUGCUAUGAAUUUUAUAAGCUUUAUUGAUAAUGUGACAUCUUUGCAUCGGCGCUGUAAAGCUCCGUUUUUGCUUCCACUUUUUAUGACUGUGCAAAGCCUCCUUUUGUAUUACGGUGACAUCCUCUCCCUCUCUUGGUCUCUGCCUGGUUCGGUCUCACACGCCCAUCUCUACACUUUUAUCCUACAUGAUCACUCUUUUUUUCUUCCUGUUUUUGGAACAACCAUAUGACUUAAAAUCGCAACUCCCAGCUGUGCUCAACAAAUAAACAGAGUAUCAUUCAGUAGAUAAUUGCUCGAUUUCAAAGGACAAAAGUAACAAAAAGAUAAACGACAGGUUACACCGUAAAGAGAAGGUGGAAAAAUAUUUUGAAAAAUAAAGAUGCCUGAAUAAAUGAACCCAGCCCAGUUUGCGGUUCGUUAUUCACAAAUUCCCCUAGUUUUUCCUGUGGAACCUAUCCUCAGCUAUUCACUUAAAAAUUCUCCUAUUUGCUGUUCUCGGUGUAUUUUUCUGCUUUUUUUUAACACCCUAAAAUACCACAAGAUGGUGGCCAAGCCUUAGCUUACAGGAAAGUAGUAAUUGGUGUCAUGUAAGUAUGUUAAAGAGAUAACUCGACUGUUCCAAGAUCUUUGUAUGCUGGGGAGGAUCUGUGAGUAAAAGGUGAGUGUGUGUGUGUGUGUGUUAAAAAAAUAAAUAAAGAAAAAACUUAAUUUGCCCUUCAUUGUUGUUAAUUGUUCUUAAAUAAAAUAAAAUCACAUGGGAAUUGUUAAAAUAUUGGGAUUUUUUUGCUUUGUUUUUUUAAUGGACGAUCGAGAAAAAUUGAUUGAAAAAGUAUGAAAAACAUUUACACCUAACCUAUAAGCAACAACAUUGUAGUAGUAUUCAUUUGAAAAUAAAAGAAGCAAAUGUUUGAAAUAAUUU